CACUCAUCAAGAACUGCUUCAACACUUAUCAUUAUAUUUGUGAGGCCUAUGUAUACAGUACAUACAUCUAAUUUAGCACGAUAUAAAUGGCAGUGCUCGCAGUCAAUAAUCAGUUCAAUCAAACAGGUAAACGGGAUACAUCACCCCUCGAGAGGUAGGUACACGAACUGUUUGUUUUUGAUAACCUUUUUGUCCUUUGAUGCUUCUCUAUUGUCUGCUUUUGUGAAUCUUUACUGUGUGUACGUAGUGAUCACUGAGGCAUCUCAUAAGCCUCUUGAUCGAUAUUCAAAUCACAUCAGCUUCCGUGUAACGACUUAUGGACUUGUUUGCUAUUAUCCAUAACUGAUUAUAUCACCAGAGUACAGGACUCAUUCUAGUUUAGUACCACAUCAGUAGUUGAGUUUGCAGACUUUUCCGAAAGAUGACUUCUAAAUGGAUUGGUUCAUUGAAAGUGAGGCAGCGAAAUGUGUUGUUAUGUAGGCCUUCGUAGUACACACUGAUCAUAACGCGAUUCACAGCCUUCCAGUUAUUAGCUCAGCAUGAGUUUAAAGCAGGUGUCAUUUUUCAUAAAUUUAUAAAAGGUAUCCUAGUUCCGCAGGUCAAGUUAAUGCAUGGGUGGAUACUAUAUAUCUACCGUAUAUGCUGUUGGUGCUACAGAUGCUGUACAGGAAGACCCGCAUCACUAUGGAUACAAUGAAGGAUUCAGAGCUUAUUCAUUCUCUAGAAAAAUUAAAUAUCGUGCCAUUUAGAAGCCAUUCGUUUGAUCUGAGAGUUGAUCUCAAUUAUCGACACUUGCAGAGGUUACCAGUACAAGUCUGCAAGAUGACAGACUUACAAUGGCUUAAUUUGAACGUAAACAGACUAUGUGAUCUGCCAAAAGAAAUUACUCAACUCAUCAAAUUAAGAUGGUUAUAUCUAGAAAGUAAUAAGUUUGAAUCUUUCCCAGCGAUUCUCUGUCAAGUUAAAUCUUUAGUGCGUUUAUAUUUUAGCAGUAACUCAUUGACACGACUUCCGGCCGACGUUAGGAAUCUCCGAUUUCUGAGACUAUUAGAUCUUACAGACAACAACUUCUCGGAUUUUCCCGCCGAAAUCUGCUGCUCAGAGUUGCAGAAUCUUGAAAAACUAUUUAUUGAUAACAAUCGUCUGACAUUUAUUCCUUCUGAAAUAAAUGAACUUGUAAAACUUCAGUCAUUGUGGUUGAAUGACAAUCAGAUCGAAUGGCUUCCGCAGAGUCUGGCAGAACUUCCUCUAUUACAAGAUCUCCAGAUUAAAAACAACCGUCUUUAUGGCUUGCCAGCAUACCUAGCUCCAGGUUUGGACAAACUGACGUCCAUCGAAUGGGAAGGUAAUAGAUUGACACUGGCACUGAGAGGGCCUAUUUCUCGUGGAGUGAAAGACCUCAGGGAAUACCAGAUAUGGGCCAGAGAGAUGGCGUUGUCGAGGGAGAUGGUCGAAUUUCGAAGUAAUCGUGACUCUCAUGUAGAACGUCCAUGCUACAGGAUGAGAACUAGACCAAGAGGUGUAGCAGUCAUUAUUGAUAAUUUCCCAACAGAAGAAAAUCACAUUGAUGACAACACUGACACAGACAAACUUCGCAGUGUGCUGAUCAAACUCGGCUUCAAUGUGCGAAUUAUGAAAGGUUUGAUGUCACUAGAUAUCAUCUCCGCUCUUCGCUUUAUAUCCUUAGAAGACCAUCGCUACGUUGACUGCAUCGUUUUCGUCAUCCUGUCAACAGGAUCGAGUACGUUAGGCAACGUCCGUGGCAAUGAUUCCGUCAAGGUUGACAUACGUCAACUCACGGAUAUCUUCACAGCCACCAACUGCCCGACACUUGCGGGAAAACCUAAGCUGUUUUUCUUGCAAAUACUGGAGGAUAAAACUAGUACCGCAUCACCUCGGGGCGACAACGAAAGUACGAACAAGGGUGCAUCGUAUAAAGAUAAGAGCAUUUCAGCAACCGUGGACCUCAUUCCAGAUGAGGAAGAUUUUCUUCUGACGGUUGCCGGGAUUCCGCACACGAUGUUACUGAAUUCUACCGUUAGUGUGUACAGUUUGUACGUUACGUUGUUGUUUGAUGUUUUGGAAAACUAUGCAAGGAAAUUAAAUUUGCUUGAUCUUCUUGCCACGGUACAUUCUCAAGUGAAGCAGAUUGAGCUCACUGGCACUUCAGAGACAGUACAUGAAAAACAAGCCCGCAUCAUACCGUUUAUACAAACUUCAUUACGCUACAAUCUCUACCUAAGCAUUUACAAUAGUUCUCGGGAAACGCCGAAAUAACAGUGACAAAAUCAUUGAUUCAAGCAUUAUCAUAACGACAAAUACAAUAUGACGACACAAAUCAUAACGUCGGAUUAGUAAUUUAUGGGAAACAUGCUGGAAAUUGUAAGAAACAUUUAGAAGAAGAGGAUUCACGAACAAUGGAGAAUAAGAAUCUAUGGAAUUCAACUUUUAAGUAUUAUUGAUGGACAAUCGUUUUUGCAAUUGUACACUCUAUAAUUAUA